GAGCAACAUAUAUAUGUGUAUAUAUAUAUAUAUAAUAUUAAAGAAAUUCUGGGGGAGUUCGAGUUCCAUCGGCCCCCAUCCGGGCCACCCUGCCACCUUAGCGGCUGCUCCUCCCCAGAAUGCUGAUGCCUAAGAAAAACCGGGUUGCCAUUUAUGAACUCUUUUUUAAAGAGGAAGUCACGGUGGUCAAGAAGGAUGUCCACAUGCCUAAGCACCUGGAGUUGGCAGACAAAAAUGUGCCCGGCCGGGCGCGGUGGCUUAGGCCUGUAAUCCCAGCACUUUGGGAGGCCGAGUCCCGAGGCUACUACGUGAAGGAACAGUUUGCCUGGAGACAUGUGUACUGGUACCUUACCAAUGAGGAUAUCCAGUAUCUCCGUGAUUACCUUCAUCUGCCCCUGGAGACUGUGCCUGCCACCCUACGCCGCAGCCGUCCACGGACUGGCAGGCCUCGGUCUAAAGGUCUGGAGGGUGAGCGACCUGCAAGACUCACAAGAGGGGAAGCCGACAGAGAUACCUACAGAAGGAGUGCUGUGCCCCCUGGUGCCGACAAGAAAGCCGAGGCUGGGGCUGGGUCAGCAACCGAAUUCCAGUUUAGAGGCAAAUUUGGUCGUGGACACCGUCAGCCACCUCAGUAGAAUUGGAGAAGAUUAUUUUGCAUUGAAUAAACUUACAGCCAAAAAGACUUAAAAAAAAAAAAAAGAAAAAAAUUGUAUUAUGUCG